UUCCGUAUUCAUAUUUCCUUUGCAGAAUAGAGAACUUAAGACGCAAAAUUAUUUUGGGGAAUAGUGUUGGCAGGGAAACUAAAUUGGAUAAUUAAGAAAAUUGCAAAGCCAGAGAUUUCAAUAUAAAAUACAAAAUAAGCAUUUGAUAUUGAAAAUUAUUAAGUUGUUGUAAGUUGCUGAAGAGAUGACUAUUCUGACGAAGCCAUCGAAUGAAAAGAAGGCAGAGAAGGUUCCGCUACCAUUGGCUUUGGGCGGACAUGAUGAUGCAUCGUCAUUCCGUGGAGGUGUAGCACAUACAACCCUUUUGAGCACGGCUCCAUAUCACGGUGACGCGGAUGCUGAAUCUAUGGUUUUCAAUCGCCCGCCCGGAUCGUGCUUCAAAACACUGCUAUUAUUUCUUAUUGCGGUGGUAGUCAUGAUGAUGGGCCUACUUGGUGGCUACACCUUAUAUCGCGCAUACGCACCAACUGCUUCGAAUUUGCACUAUCGUGCUCUUUGUGACAUUCCAUACAUGCAAACUGGCAAUAUAAGUGUUCCACGCCUGUACGAACAAAACGAUGAACUAGACUGGCGUAAUUUGUUUUCGCGUCUCACAAAUUUUAACGGUUAUAAUGCUUUGGAUGAUGAUUACUUCCGCGAGGAAAUCGAGUUAGACAUGAGCGAUAAUGAGAGUUAUGCUAAGAUUGAUGUACCAGAUUUCAAGGAUGGGCGUCGUGGACGUUUUAUGCAUGACUUCAAGGAGAAUCAAUCUGCGAUAAUUGAUACCACGGCAAAUCGCUGUUUCAUUAUGCCACUGGAUCGUGACACCACCUUACCGCCAAAAAGUUUUCUCGAUUUGAUGCAAAAGAUGGGGUCGGGCUACUACAACAUCGACACUGAUCGCGUUCGUCGCAAGAUGCGUGUCGUUAUGCCGCCUAUUAAUGAUCUCUCCAUGAUAUCUGAGCGAAUUGCCAAUGAGUGCUAUGAAAUGAAAGUUUACAUGCUUGAGAAUUACGUCUCGGGAGUAUUCAAACGCGAAGCUAAACCUGUCGGAGAUUCGGGUAAAUUUGCUGAAUUCAUGGGUAAAGGAGUUGUCGAAUUCGAUUUGAUAAAUAUCGGCGACAUCGAGCAGUUCGAAAAAAAGUAGCAGUGAAAUCUUUUACUGUUGUUAAAUAUUCAAAAUUUAUAUUAAACUAUUUUAUUCAA